CACCGCCCAGUGCUGCUUCUGUUAUUUAGGCGAGAGAGAAAGGAAGUAGCGACAAGCUAGCUGGUUAGCCUGUCUGAACCCACACGGGCUGUCAGGAAAGAGUGGACUUCUUGACCCGCUUUUAAUCGCAGAGACUGACCGUCUUUGUUCAAUACGUAGGGCGAUUUAUUGUGUCGGUUUAAUUUUCUUCCUAACGUUACCCGGAUUUAAAAAAUCUUUUAAACUGAGUCAACUCUCAAGCUUUGUCUGUCUGGGACUCCGCCGCCUUGUCGAUACGAGUCAACCCUCGUUUCAUCAACGAAGAACAAGAACCACAAAACCAAGAAAAAAAAAGGAAAAAAAAGCCGCGACUUGGUUCUCUUUUAUUUCACCAGUCGGUUGAAUCACCGGGAAUGCAAUCAAGGAUUACACCGAGACAAUGAGGAAAAACAGCCGGUAAAGGUGCUGCGUGGUGAGAGGGAAGCAGUGGGUGCGGCAUGCUGAGGCCACUCCCCCUGGCCCAGGAUGAGUGUCAGAGAUGGCGCUGCCACCAUGGCAACGAACGCAGGUGGAGGAGGGGGGAGAGGCGGGCCAGCUAGCCCUAACGAUCAUGACGGCCGCGCAUACCUGCUCCAGAUCUACUCACGGUUGGCUGCCCAGUCUACUACCUGCUGCAACCUUAGAGUGCAGAAGGAUGCAACCGCAGCCGCCGUGAUCUCAGAUGCUGCCACGGCUCUCGGGCUGGACCCUGGCCGCAUGUAUGUGCUAGCAGAGGUCAAGGAAUGUGGUGGGGAGGAGUGGGUGCUAGAGGCCGGAGACCUGCCGGCACAGAGGUUUCUGCUGUGGCCUCGGAAAGCCCAGGAGCAACACCCUCGAAGCCUUGGCUUCUACUUCUUACUCCAGGAGAGGAACCAUGAUGGCACUAUUCAUUAUGUCCACCUCCCACCUGUGACUAAGGAGCAGGAAGCACAGCUAGCAGCCAGGGGCUUCCUUCCUCCUCCACAGAACGACUUUGCAGACCUCUGCAACCUCCCUGUCCUCAAUGAGGAUAGCAUAUUAAACAACUUGCGCACGCGCUUUUACAAGAAAAAGAUUUAUACCUAUGCAGGCAGCAUCCUCAUAGCCAUCAACCCCUUCAAGUUCCUGCCCAUCUACAACCCCAAGUACGUCAAGAUGUACGAGAACCACCAGCUGGGCAAACUGGAGCCUCAUAUUUUUGCUAUUGCAGAUGUGGCUUACUACGCUAUGCUCAGGAAGAGGGUCAACCAGUGCAUUGUCAUCUCUGGUGAAAGUGGCUCAGGCAAGACCCAAAGUACCAACUUCCUGAUCCACUGUCUGACUGCGCUCAGCCAGAAGGGCUAUGCCAGCGGAGUGGAGAGGACCAUACUGGGAGCUGGACCGGUUCUGGAGGCCUUUGGGAACGCCAAGACCGCCCACAACAACAACUCCAGCCGCUUUGGUAAAUUCAUCCAGGUGAAUUAUCUGGAGAGUGGGGUAGUCAGAGGGGCCGUGGUGGAGAAGUAUCUCCUGGAGAAGUCUCGUCUGGUCUCCAGAGAGAAUAACGAGAGGAACUACCACGUGUUUUACUACCUGUUGUUGGGAGCUUCAGAGGAGGAGAGGAAGGAGUUCAAGCUGCUGCCGCCUGAAGACUACUUCUACCUCAAGCAGCAAAACUUUAAGAUCGAAGAUGAGGAAGACCUGCGACAUGACUUCGAAAGACUGCAGCAGGCAAUGGAGAUGGUUGGCUUCCUUUCUGCCACCAAGAAACAGAUCUUUUCAGUGCUUUCGGCCAUCUUGUAUCUGGGCAACGUGACCUACAGGAGGAAGUCAACAGGCCGAGACGAGGGCUUGGAUGUGGGACCACCAGAGGUCCUGGCUACGCUAUCUGACCUGCUGAAGGUCAAAGAGGAGCUGCUGGUUGAGGCGCUCACGCAGAGGAAAACGGUGACGGUCAACGACAAGCUGAUCCUCCCCUAUAGCCACUCUGAGGCUAUCACCGCCAGAGACUCCAUGGCUAAAUCUCUGUACAGCGCCUUGUUUGACUGGAUCGUCCUUCGCAUCAAUCACGCACUGCUUAACAAGAAAGAUAUGGAGGAAUCUGUCCCAUGUUUGUCCAUCGGUGUCCUGGACAUUUUUGGGUUUGAGGACUUUGAGACCAACAGCUUUGAGCAGUUCUGUAUCAACUAUGCAAAUGAGCAGCUGCAGUAUUAUUUCAACCAUCACAUCUUCAACCUUGAGCAGGAGGAGUACCAAGCAGAGGGAAUCACCUGGCACAACAUCGACUACACAGACAAUGUGGGCUGUAUCCACCUCAUCAGCAAGAAGCCCACUGGCCUACUCUACCUGCUGGAUGAGGAGAGCAACUUUCCCCAUGCCACAGAUGAGACAUUAUUAGCCAAAUUCAAGCAACAGCACCAGGGGAACAAUUACUUUGUCCCCACACCAGUCAUGGAGCCUGCCUUUGUCAUUCGACACUUUGCUGGGAAAGUUAAAUAUCAAAUCAAGGAUUUCCGGGAGAAGAACACAGACCACAUGCGUCCAGACAUUGUGGCGUUGCUGCGGAGUAGUGACCGCGCCUAUGUGCGGCAACUCAUCGGCAUGGACCCAGUGGCCAUGUUUCGAUGGGGCAUCCUGCGCGCCACCAUCAGAGGCAUUGCUGCUUUUAAUGAAGCUGGCCGCUCCUGGGCCGCCAAAACCUCAGGUGUUGUCCGUCCAAUCUCCAGAACUCCUUUAGGAGAGCUUCAGCGAUCCAAUGCCCCGAUAGACAGAAUGUACAAACGAGCUUCUAUGCUCGAUUUCUACUUUGAUCACUCAGAGGAGCGCCCUCUAGAGGCCUUUGAAGACAUCUUUGCUAGCUAUGAGAGUAAGAAAGACAUGCAUGCAGAGAUCAUCAGCUCCAUUAAGAACUUGCCAUUGGAUGGUGAGGACCCUCGCAAGCUCCUGCAGUCCUGGGGUCGCCUCCGCUUCCCUCGGCACGUCCUCCAGAAAAACAAGAACGCCAAACAGAGGCAGGUCAUCCCCAAGAGUUUGCUGGAUUCUCGCUCUCUGAAGUUCAUUGUGAGCCUGACGCUGCAAGAUCGCACCACCAAGUCACUGCUCCACCUGCACAAGAAGAAGAAGCCCCCCAGCAUCAGUGCCCAGUUCCAGACCUCUCUGACAAAACUCUUGGAGACUCUGAACAGAGCAGAGCCUUUCUUCAUUCGGUGCAUCCGCUCUAAUGCUGAGAAGAAGGAGAUGUAUCUGAACGAGGCCUUGGUGGUUCAGCAGCUGCGAUACACAGGAAUGCUGGAAACAGUUCGCAUUAGGAGGUCAGGCUACGGAGCCAAGUACACAUUCCAGGAGUUCAUAGAGCAGUUCAGAGUGUUGCUGCCAAAGAAUGCAGCUGCCUCUAAAGAGGACAUCUCAGCGCUGCUUGAGAAGAAGAUGGGCUUGGACCCCACCACGUACCAGAUAGGCAAAACUAAGGUGUUCCUAAAGGAGCUGGAGCGACAGCAGCUGCAGGACACGCUCCACAAGGAUGUAAUGCAUAAGAUCAUCUUCCUCCAGCGCUGGUUCAGAGGUCGCCUGCAGAGGAAAGAGUUUCUGGACAUGAGACAAGCAGCCAUCUUGAUUCAGCAUUCAUGGCGCAGGUACUGCGAAGAGGAGCGCAGGCGACGGGCAGCCGCUCUGAUCCAGUCUGUGUGGAGAGGGCACAGACAGAGAUCAGAGUACCAUCGCCAAAGACAAGGCGCUACCAAAAUACAAGCCCUGGUUAGAGGACACUCGGCACGCAGAAGGUGCCACUCCAUGCGUGAGGACAUACAGAGAAAGGAGGAGGAAGAAAAAGAAGCUCUGAAGAGGGCAGAAGAAGAGGAAAGAAGGAAGAGGGAAGAAGAGGAGGAGGCAAGGAGAAGAGCAGAUGAGGAGGAAGAAAGGAGGAUGGAGGAAGAAGAAGCUGCAAGGAGAAAGGCAGAUGAGGAUGAAGCGAGGAGGAGAGCAGAGGAAGAAGAGGCCGUCAGAAAAGCGCAGGAAGCACAGAACAAGACAGAAGAGAUGGGGAAAAGACUGGCAAGUGAGCCUCAAACAAGAGAGGAUCCGGAUAUCGAGCUGGUCACAGAGGAGAUGCUGGAUGACAUCCUCCCUGUCCAGGAGGCAGAGGAGGAAAGAGGAGAGGGGGAUGGUGAGGUUAAUACAAGCUCAUAUACAGAGGAGGAACAAGGCAAGGAUGAAGAGCUGGAGGAGGAAGAUGAGGAAUUGGAUUUGGAGACCAACGGUACUCUGGCUGAGGCUGGAACUCAGCUGGACGAGAAAGAAGAUAAUGAGGAUUUAGGACACUCGGGUUCAAAACUGCCCUUUGGUGGGGACACCUCCAACGCACUUACACCCACAUCUCCAGGUGAGGCUCCCAGCAAUACCUCCGCACCUUCCACUGAAAAGGCAGUACACGCUCCAGCUAUUAGCAGGGGCGGUUCAUCCAGAAGCCAGGAGAAGAGAGAGCAGAGGAGACGAAGAGGGCUGGAGCACAACCAGAGAGAGACUGAGCGAGCCGCCUCCUCUUCCUCCACCUCAGCAAGCGGCAAGGAUCAAACAUCCCCGCCCAAGAGCAAAAGCCAGGAGCCCUCGAAGCUAAAAGAGCGGGCGGACAGCAAGGAGCUGGACCAGUACACCUUUGUGGCUUGGAAAAUGAAAGAAGACAAAGGCGAGAAGAAGGAGGAAAAACCGUCUCCUCCUUAUGCCGGUCCUGUUCGUCCCUCUUCGUUACCCUUGCACACCGCUGACCAGUUUCCUGACAGAAACGGUUUAGGUGAUGGUGGCGGAGCAACACACCUGCAACGCCGUGCCGGGGCGAUUAAGGAGAAGCCGGAGAAGUGGAAGGGGAGGAGGAGUAAUGGAGAAUACGCUGACGGCACCAGCCCUCCUCCACCUCACAGGGAGGAAAGGAAGAAAAAGCAACCCCUGAGUGAAACAGCCUUCUCAUCAGUUGACAGUUUGUCUCCAGGAUUUGAAGGUGCUGGGGCUUUGUCAGCCAGAGAGAUGAUUUCCCCCUCAGAUGGUCAUGCCGAUGGCUCAAAGGGAAGCUCCAUGCGAAGGAAACACCAAGAUGGUUCUGGUCACCAAGACUCGGCACCCUCCAUCCCAUCCACACCAGACAGGUCAGGUGGUUUCUUCAGCAAGAUUUUGAAAAAACGUCCUCAUAAGGAGGCCCAGACUCCCGACAACGGAGACCUGACACUUGCUCAGAUUCUCAACGAGAGGCCAACAGCAGGGGAAGCCCCAACGUCUGGACAUCCCUCUCGGCCUCUUUCCCAGCCACAAGGGGACCGUGCUGGUAAAGGUUUAGGCCGUAACCCCACCAUAAAGAUCAGUCGUGCCACUCGGGUCUCUGAGCAGUGGAACGCCUCGCUGGAUCGGGAAAUUACCAACGCCAACGAGCUGCAGCACCUCGAUGAGUUUCUGGGCAACCAGGUCAAUGAUUUCCGCUCCAGGGGGAAGUCGUUGUCAGCCACAGAGGCGAUCUUUGUAACAUCCACCAUGCAGUUCAGAGACACUAUCAAAGCCAUGUAUUCUCUCCCAAAACCCACCAUUGGCUACAAAGGUCUGAUGACGGGCUACCAGAACAAAGUGAUCCACCUGGCGGGCGACCAGCAGAAAGGAGAAGUCCAGCUCGUGGUCAAUCUCUUCCAAUCGGUUCUGGAUGGCUUCAUCAGAGGAGAGAUGAAAAAGGAGGAGGCUGAGCCUGCAAAGCCUCCUAAAGCGAGGAAGAAGAGGAGGAAAAAAGAUAAAAGUAUGGAGAGCCCCUUGGAUCAUGUUUUCGUCAACUAUCAGGUCAACAUUAUGCAGUCAUGUGACCAGUGUAGUUCUUACAUCUGGGGCAUGGAGAAGGCAUACAUGUGCAGCUAUUGUAAAAUGGUGUGUCACAAGAAAUGCCUCUGCAAAAUAGUCACUGACUGCUCCACCUUCUGUGUCAAAAAGAGUGACGAGGAGUCUGGCGGUCUGCACUUCGGUGUGCGCGUGUGUCACCUGGUCAGCGAUAAGAACCCAGUACCCAUAGUGCUGGAGAUGAUGCUGGAGCACGUGGAGAUGCACGGCCUCUACACCGAGGGUAUCUACCGCAAGUCUGGCUCUGCCAAUCGCAUGAAAGAGCUGCACCAGCGACUAGAGACCGACCCCCACCUGGUCUGCCUCGAAGACUAUCCCAUCCACACAGUGACGGGCCUAGUGAAACAGUGGUUGAGGGAGCUGCCAGACCCACUCAUGACCUUCAUUCAUUACAGUGACUUCCUGCAUACAGUGGAACUGCCAGAGAAGCAGGAGCAGCUUCAUGCUGUAUACAAAGGGCUGGAAGAGCUUCCUAUGGCAAACUUCAACACAUUGGAGAGACUCGUCUUCCACCUCGUCAGGGUGUGUAAAGAGGAGGCUCACAACCGCAUGUCUUCGAACUCAUUGGCCAUAGUUUUUGCCCCAUGUGUCCUGCGCUGCCCAGAUAGUGCUGACCCGCUGCUUAGCAUGAAGGAUGUUGCCAAGACCACCACGUGCAUAGAGAUGAUCAUCAACGAGCAGAUCAGACGCUACAAUGAGAAGAUGGAAGAGAUCGAGCAGCUGGAGUUCGCGGAGGCUCUAGCAGUUAACCAGCUUAAACUCAAGAGGCAGAACACGCACUACUGGCAUUUACCUCUCAGGUUCUCAGCUCCUUACAAAGGAGUGGUGGUGCAUGAGAAAGUGAGUUCUGAUCUCAGCGUGGUCCCUGAGAACGAGCCUCUGGACUCGGACACGGAGGCUGAGAACAAUCUGAUGGAGCGCAUCAAGUCCAUCAAACAGGAGAAAGAGGAUCUGGCCUGCAGACUGCCAGAGAUGGAGCAGACGGGUUCAGACCAGGAGAACUUUGACUCCGAGGCCUCGCUGAGCUCCGAGAGCCUUUUGGACGAGCAGCAGCGCUCUUCUGUUCACGGCUCAGAGCCUGAAGGUCGAGGUGGCCCCCAGCUGAAGAGAUACAAGCCAGUUUGUCCACCCAAACCACCAGACCUAGCCCAGAGACCUAAAGUUCCCGGUGGACACGUCUCUCUGCUGAGCCUCACCCCUGCUAGCUCCACGUCCUCUGUGUCCAGCGGCAUUUCUUCAGCCUCUGACUCCUCCUCAGUGUCCAUCAGGAAUCUGCUGCAACGCCGCAACCCCAUCAUCCCAGGCACAGUUAAGCUCCCGCACGGCGUCCUCGCCCAGUCUGCUGCCUCAAAACCAACUCAGAAUUAUACCCCUCGUGAAAACCGCACAUUAAAGUACUUGGUCAGGAGAAGAGAGCACCCAGGCCGCCGUAAAGACAGCACCCAGUCCCUCUACAUCGACAGCCCUGAGUGUGACCUGUUGUUGCAUUUGUCCUCCUGCCCACCCUCCACUUCCUCCUCCUCCUCCUCCAUGAUAACACCCUCUCCUCAGCACCAGCACGCCGACACUCAAGCCACAAAGGGCCAGAGACGCUUUUCUGACCCAGACAUACCUUUUAUAGACGAUGGCGUCUGACCAAGGCAGAACAGAAAAGAUAGACAAGUGAAGAGGAUUAGAGGCAACAACCUUCAACAAGCCACGGAUGACAAUGAUGGAUUGUAGAGAGCCAGGAGAGGAUGAGAAUCCAGAAUCACAGUAGAGGAACAUAACCUGCACACGAUGAGAUGUGCAGUACCCACAGAGGAUCUGAGUGACACAAAAUCGAGGCUUUUCCAGUCGCUGUCGUCAAUGAGAACUAAUCAAGGAACUGCAAAUAUGUCUGAAGUCUUGUCUGCGAUGAUAGUAAAAAAUAACUGGACAAGAUGUUGCCGAGCACCUUUUCUAUCAUUUUAAUAUAUUGUGGUUACUGUUGAGUUGGGACAGAGGCUGUGUUUUCUGUAGCCUCAUAAUGAUGGACCAGCAAUUUAGUUUACUUUCUCCUGUUGAUUUUUUUACUUAUUUGUGCUAAUUCAAGGAGAUAUUGCAGGUUCCAGUCGCACUUUUCAUUUCUUAGUUCUCUUAAUGGGCGAAACAUGCAUGUUAGCUAGUGCCUUGGUAUUGUACAGAAAGUUGACAAAAACUAUUUUCUCAUGUCAUGUUACAGACAGUGCUCACAACGGGAGGGAGGGAGGGUUAUGAAGAGAGGGUUCCUUUUGUGUUUAUUGUACUGAACCCACACACGACAUGUUUGAAACAUUAUCUUUCCAUCUACAGGACAAUAAACCCCAGAUAAGAAGUCAUUUUCUCACAUAGCGAAGGGAAAUGGGAGCAGCACACGCCACUUUUAUCUUUUGAAACCGCAAAAACACAAACCCAGCCAUGAUGCAACAAGCUGUGCCACGAUGUCUUUAAAGCUCCAAGUCCUUGAACUCACCUUUCCCCCUUUUCUGAAAUGAACUUGGCUUCACUCAGCCGGUUCGUACCUGCCAAUCAAAGUAAACAGUCCCAUAAGUACCAGGUUAUGCCGAAGCACAUUUUUCAACCUAAUACUAAUGUUCCUCUCUGACUGUUUGAAUGAUGUUUGUCUGGAUUAUGAGGAAGAUGUCCUGAUGUGUAAAGUGUAACAGAGAGUGUGUGGUUGGGACUGAAUGACGUGAGCUGUAAUGAUUAUUAGUAUUAACAUGACAAUACAGAACGUGAUGCUUGUGA